UUACGUGAGGAAAAGGGGAAGUCAACAGUAACAUGCAAGGUGGUUUCAAUGGGGAUGGAAGUGGGAAACAUUUCAUUCCACUCAUCAGAAAGAAGGGAAAUAUACUCAGUCAGUGGGGACAUGCAAGGUGGUUCGAUGGGGAUGGAAGUGGGAAACGUUUCAUUCAACUCAUCAGAAAGAAGGGAAAUAUACUCAGUCAACGAGGAAAUGCAAGGUGGUUAAACAGGGAAGGAGGUGGGAAACAUUUCAUUCCACUAAUCAGAAAGAAGGGAAAUAUACUCAGUCAGUGGGGACAUGCAAGGUGGUUCGAUGGGGAUGGAAGUGGGAAACAUUUCAUUCCACUCAUCAGAAAGAAGGGAAAUAUACUCAGUCAACGAGGACAUGAAAGGUGGUUCAACAGGGAAGGAGGUGGGAAACAUUUCAUUCCACUCAUCAGAAAGAAGGGAAAUAUACUCAGUCAGUGGGGACAUGCAAGGUGGUUCAACAGGGAAGGAGGCGGGAAACGUUUCAUUCCACUCAUCAGAAAGAAGCGAAAUAUACUCAGUCAGUGGGGACAUGCAAGGUGGUUCGAUGGGGAUGGAAGUGGGAAACAUUUCAUUCCACUCAUCAAAAUGAAGGGAAAUAUACUCAGUCAACGAGGACAUGAAAGGUGGUUCAACAGGGAAGGAGGUGGGAAACAUUUCAUUCCACUCAUCAGAAAGAAGGGAAAUAUACUCAGUCAGUGGGGACAUGCAAGGUGGUUCCACAGGGAAGGAGGUGGGAAACAUUUCAUUCCACUCAUCAGAAAGAAGGGAACUAUACUCAGUCAACGAGGAAAUGCAAGGUGGUUCAACAGGGAAGGAGGUGGGAAACAUUUCAUUCCACUCAUCAGAAAGAAGGGAAAUAUACUCAGUCAACGAGGAAAUGCAAGGUGGUUCAACAGGGAAGGAGGUGGGAAACAUUUCAUUCCACUCAUCAGAAUGAAGGGAAAUAUAACUCAGUCAACGAGGACAUGCAAGGGGGUUCAAUGGGGAAGGUGGUGGGAAACGUUUCAUUCCACUCAUCAGAAAGAGGGAAAUAUAAUCAGUCAGUGGGGACAUUCAAGGUGGUUCGAUGGGGAUGGAGGUGGGAAACGUUUCAUUCCACUCAUCAGAAAGAGGGAAAUAUAA